AUGGGUGAUAUGAAGAAUCAUGGAUUGGUCGGUGGUGGUGGUACACGAUACAAUGGGGACGAGCAGGUACAGUUUGUUGCUGGCGGAAGUCAUCAGGUGACGAUCAGGUCGCCACCGCCUUCCCUGCAUCUGGAGAAUCUUAACAACGCUAUUCUUGGGGGCUCUCAGAAUAAUCUGCACUGUAGUUGCAAUGGUUCUGCAUCGAAUGGAACUGCAGCUGCGGUAUGCACUGGGGCUGGAGUGCUGGCGAGGAAGGUGCCGAAUCACAGCGGAGCAAGUCCUGGUGGUCAGACGAAUAAAAAACCAGCUGUGGCCCUGACGCAUCUGCCGAAGAGGCCGCCUGUCGACAUCGAAUUCAAAAAUCUGGCCUAUAGCGUCUCCGAAGGCCGGAAAAGAGGAUAUAAGACUAUACUCAAGUGCGUCAAUGGAAAAUUUAGGUCCGGUGAGCUUACAGCCAUAAUGGGACCUUCUGGUGCUGGAAAAAGUACACUUAUGAACGUUCUUGCUGGUUACAAAACGUCACACCUAAGCGGCUCUGUUCUAAUAAAUGGAAAGGACAGAAAUCUAAGAAGAUUUCGUAAAAUGUCUUGUUACAUAAUGCAAGAUGAUCGUUUGCUGCCACAUCUUACAGUUUACGAAGCCAUGACAGUCUCAGCGAAUUUAAAGCUAGGCAAAGACAUUAGCGCUGCUGCGAAAAAAGUCGUGAUAGACGAAAUUAUUGAAACUCUAGGCCUGAGUGACGCCAGUAAUACGCAAACUCACAUUCUCAGUGGUGGACAAAGAAAGAGACUAUCAAUAGCACUGGAGCUUGUAAACAAUCCGCCAGUAAUGUUCUUCGAUGAACCAACUUCCGGUCUUGACAGUUCUUCCUGUUUUCAGUGUCUUAGCUUGCUAAAGUCCCUUAGCAGAGGAGGAAGAACCAUAAUCUGUACGAUACAUCAGCCCAGCGCUAGGUUAUUUGAGAUGUUUGAUCACCUCUAUUUACUUGCUGAGGGUCAAUCUGUCUACCAGGGUAAUGUCGGAGGACUCGUGCCCUUCUUAUCAUCCAUGGGAUUGGAUUGUCCGAGUUAUCACAAUCCAGCUGAUUAUGUGAUGGAAGUUGCCUGCGGUGAACAUGGCGAAUGUGUUCACAAAUUGGUAAUGGCUGUGAACAACGGAAAGUGUAAUAAUUAUCAGCAUUAUCAAGCGACCAUAAUAACGGCGCAGGCAGUGUCUAAUGAUAUUGCAAAACAGUCAUCUCCUCAGGCACAGAGCAAACCAGAAACGGUUGCCACGAUACCAAAUGGCGUGGCCAAGCCUCCCGGUGCUGCCACCGUAAUAAAUAUGCCAGUUUCUUGCACUACUUCCUUAUUAGACAGUGCAGAAAGCAUAGAACAAAAGGUUGGCUUUCCGACCAAUGGCUGGAUUCAAUUUUGGAUUCUGCUGAAGAGGACUUUUUUAUCACAAAUUAGAGAUAUGACCUUAACGAGAGUGAGGCUGAUCUCACAUCUGAUUGUCGGUUUUCUCAUUGGUGCGAUUUAUUACGACAUUGGAAACGAAGCCUCCAAGGUUAUGAGCAAUGCCGGAUGUGUGUUCUUUACCGUGAUGUUUCUCAUGUUUACAGCCAUGAUGCCCACCAUUCUCACAUUUCCUCUCGAAAUGGCCGUAUUCGUUAGAGAACACCUGAACUACUGGUACUCUCUGAAGGCCUUCUAUUUUGCAAGAACGUUGGCAGAUUUACCAUUUCAAAUUAUCUACUCGAUAGCCUACGUGAUGAUAGUUUAUUUCAUGACAUCCCAGCCAUUUGAGACAGAAAGAUUCCUUAUGUAUCUCAACAUAUGUAUUUUGACGUCAUUGGUAUCACAAUCGAUUGGAUUAUUAAUUGGAGCAGCUAUGAGCGUCGAGAGUGGGGUAUUCCUCGGGCCUGUGACUUCAGUACCCAUAGUCCUCUUUUCCGGUUUCUUCGUAAACUUCGACGCCAUACCAGGAUACCUGAAGUUCCUCUCAUACGUGAGCUACAUCCGGUAUGGUUUUGAAGGCGCCAUGAUAUCCGUUUACGGUUACAAUCGCGCCAAAUUAAAAUGCUCCGAGGCCUACUGCCAUUACAAGAGCCCAACGAAGUUCCUCGAGGAGAUGUCGAUGCAGCACGCCGCUUAUUGGGUCGACGUCGUCGCCCUUGUCGGCUUCCUGAUCGGCCUCCGUAUCGUUGCCUACUUCGUGCUCAGGCUGAAGCUACGAUCUCUUCGUUAGUUUGACCCAAGAUUGAAAAUUGACAAUAACAUUGCUUACUAAGGACACUGGAAUGGGUUACAUUUCGUUUGGACUUCUUGGCGAGGAUCUCGACAAUGCUAAACGCCAUGAAAACUACAACGAUCUGCUAAAGUUCUCUGGUACAGACCUCAUUGGUCUUAUUGUGUUCUCACAGACAAAGGCUGCUACAAGAUACUAUUCUGACUGAGGACGAUGUUCUCGCGUGAACCAGGAGACCUUGACCCUAGCGACGAGGUCAGAUCAGAAAUAAAAGAUUAGUAUCGACCUAGAGAGGUAUAUCGAAAUCGCGCGAAAAUGGAUCAUACAGGCGUCUUCACUAUACGUACAUACAGGUUAUGCGCAUAUAUAUUAUUAAUGAAGCUAAAAUGAUUCCAGACAGGUAUCAAGGUACCCCUUAAAGGAACGUCAUUCGCUCUGUAGAUAAAGAAGAUCGAGAGAAAGUUUGAUAUCCAAUAGAGUUCGCUCGUAUCGAACGCGCUGUCAACCUAUAGCCGGUUACUAUUAAUAACUCGCCAAGGGUCUUAGGCCCAGUUUAAACAAUUGUUUCCCUCCAAUACACAGAGCGCUAAGCAUCCGUUUCGCUAAUGGACGUGGUCGUUGAAAUAGCGCCUAGGAGUAUGAAUUUAGAUUAUUUAUAGAACGGGUCUUUUAUUAUAUUAUUAUUCGCGUAUUUAAGUCGUGGCGUUACAUUGUCUCGUGACAGCGACGAAAGCGCGUAUUCCUACGUGACGCUCGUGCGAAUUUCGUAAUUACACACGCGCGAUUCAAAUAGUUUCUUACCCGAUCGCAAGGAUCGAUCCUUUAUUCAUAUCGUAAUUCCAUUGCUAGGUUUAUCGAAAUACAAUUAAAUAAUACUUAACGGCGACUCGAAUGACGGAGAAAAAAGGAACGAAGAGAUAAAAAUGAGAAAAACCGAAGUUUAAUCUAUAAAGCUCACACUCGACCAAUCACUGGCUGCCUGAGCGUUUGCUUCUAUAAAAGUGCGUGUUAAUUAAAAAUAGUACUUAGUUUUGCGUACAUAUUUACGUAUAUAUGUAUUAUAUAUGUACGUGUAUAUAUACAUAUAUAUUAUAAUAUUAUAUAUUACUACGGCAUACUCGUGACAGUGAUAAUGAAAAUGACAAUGGGCGAUAAAAUGGACGCUGAUUAUAAUUUGCGUGUAAGAAAUACGAAGUGCCCAGAUAUACAUGAAAAUUUGACGAACAUUAAUGGGUAGUCCGUAACCACGAGGCCUAGGCGAUAACGAAACAGCACAAGGCCACAGUAGGACAGGAGUCAGCCCACAAUUAAAUAAUUCGGAAUUCUACAGUGAGUCACAACAGACUGAAGAAAGGAACGUGAGGGCUUGUCGACCAUUAUUGUAUUUAGCGAAUAUUAGUGAAUUAUUGUUUAUAUCCUGUUUUCUUUUUAUUUUUAUAUAUAUAAACAUAAACAAGCGUUACCGGAAUGUAUCCUUUUCCUUUCCAUUACUGUACUGAGUAGUAACGUUUUCCGUACGAUUUAUAAUAAAGACAAUUGACAAUUCUUCUUGUAUA